AUGAUUCAACCAUCCAAGAGUUAUAUUCCCCCUGCACCAGUAGCCCCAGCCCCAGCUCCAGUUGCUCAACCCACCAACACCUAUGUUCCACCAGCACCAGUUGCCCCAGCACCAGUUUCUCAACCCACCAACACCUAUGUUCCACCAGCUCCUGUUGCCCCCGCCCCAGCUCCAGUUGCUCAACCCACCAACACUUAUGUCCCACCUGCACCUGUUGCCCCCGCCCCAGCUCCAGUUUCUCAACCCACCAACACCUACAUUCCACCUGCACCCGUCUCCCCUGUUGAAGAAGUUGAACAAACUCCCGCCGAUGGCUACCGUUACAAGACUGUCCGCCGUGUUGUCUACAGACACCGUGCCUAA